GCCACCGUCUCGGUGCAGAGGCGCGAGUUCAAACCUCGCCGGAGUCCAGAUCACUUCAUAUUUCAUUAUGUUUUUCUCGACAACGCAUGGAUGCAUUGAAUGGGCUAAGUGUCAAGCCGUUGAGCUGCCGCCGACCAAACAACAUAUUCCACACAUCAUAACACGUGUAGGAUGCACAUUGGCUCUCUUUCAACUUACAAAUUUGAUAAGUUCCGCGACUGACUUAUCACUAGUUUGAUGUAUGCACCAUGACCUGACUCCAGCCACUGAUUUUUGGCCGUCUACUGUCAUUUUCACUGUCUUGACUAAGCGCGGUCGACGGUAAGGGCUGCCGGCCCACUGAGAGAUCGG